AUGUACCAAAGCAUACCAAACUAUUUUGUUACGCCAAUACAAGGAAUACUAUCUGAACAAAAUUCUUGUGCAAAAGAAAGAAAUUCAGAUAAAGGCUUAAAAGCAAAACUGAAUUAUGACGAUGAGGAAACUCUCAUUUUAGAAGUCCAGUUACGAGAGCCUCUCUGGAAUUAUAAACUUCCAUUACCACAACGCAGCAUAAAAAUUAUCAAAAAUUUAUGGCAAGAAGUAGCAAAUGCUUUAAAUGGAAAAAUUACAGCCAAUGAAUGUAAAGUAAAAUUUAAAAGUUUACAUGACACAUACCGACGAAUAAUUAGGUCAGAAACUAAUGCGAGUGGGUCUGCUCGAAAAGACGCUGGAAAGAAAUGGCCUCAUUACGACUCAAUGACAUUUUUACUAGAUUCUUGCUUGUUGAAAACCACCGUGAGUAAUAUUAAAGAGUCAUCUGAUUUUGAAUAUAAUUCUAUUGAAAAUAUAGAACCAAGUACGUACUGAUUGAAUAUAAAAUAUAUCUAUAUCUAUAUAUAUAUAUAUAUAUAAGUACCGGGAAUCUGUAUGUCCGUAUUUUUUGUAUGAC